AUGGGGAGAAAGAAGAUUGAGAUACAGCCGAUCCCAAACGAGCGCAAUCGUGCUAUCACAUUCGUCAAGCGCAAAUCGGGUCUACUGAAGAAGGCAUAUGAGUUAGGCGUGCUUUGUUCGGUGGAGAUUGCAGUCAUCAUAUUUGAAAAUCGACCCGGCCAUGGUACAAGACUCUUUCAGUAUUGUUCCGAUGACAUCGACACGUUAACGCAACGGCGAUUGGCUUUCCGUGGAGAAGCGGACCUUAAGACACCGGCAGACUUCAACGGCGGUCAACAUGACGCGGGCGCAAGCGAGGAGGAUAAAGACGACGUACAGAACGGAAACCUAGGGCAUGCAAGAUUGCGCAGAAUCUCGGAU